CAGUUGUUUGUUAAAUUUAAACGAUUGCGGUUAACGAUUGGUACGUUUCUUUGCACGGCAUAUGUAUUGAAGAAACAAUAAAUUUAACAAAUGGCCAGCAUAAAUGGAAGACCGGCUCAAUAUGGGAUUUCCCUGCGACAGCUGCGCGAUCUCAUGGAGAAUCGAGGUCGCGAAGGCGUUGCAAAAAUCGAUGAAAUGGGUGGCAUAAAUGAUCUAUGUAAGAAACUCUACACAUCACCCAAUGAGGGUCUAGGUGGAUCCAAGAGUGAUCUCGAUCAUAGGAGAGAAACAUUUGGCUCGAAUGUCAUACCUCCCAAGCCGCCCAAAUCCUUCUUAACUCUAGUCUGGGAAGCUUUGCAGGAUGUUACAUUGAUUAUUUUAGAAGUAGCUGCCAUAGUUUCCUUAGCCUUAUCCUUUUAUGCACCUGAGGAUGAGGAUGCGCCUGUCUUGGAAGAAGAAGAAAGCCAUCAUGGUUGGAUUGAGGGUUUAGCUAUUUUAAUUUCCGUUGCUGUGGUGGUCUUGGUUACCGCCUUCAAUGAUUACUCUAAAGAAAGACAAUUUCGUGGACUGCAAAAUCGCAUAGAAGGUGAACACAAAUUUUCAGUUAUACGCAAGGGUGAGGUUCAUCAAAUAUCUGUGGGAGAUUUGGUGGUGGGUGAUAUAGCCCAAAUCAAAUAUGGCGAUCUUUUGCCAGCCGAUGGUAUAGUUAUACAAAGUAAUGAUUUAAAGAUUGAUGAGUCCUCUUUGACUGGCGAAUCGGACCAUGUGAAAAAAGGCGUAGAUUCUGAUCCCAUGGUGUUAUCGGGUACCCAUGUUAUGGAAGGCAGUGGUAAAAUUGUUAUUACCGCUGUGGGUGUUAAUUCACAAGCUGGUAUCAUCUUUACUCUCUUGGGAGCCACCAGUGAUGAACAUGAUACGGAGAAGAAGAAGAUUAAGAAUGGUGACCCAAUUACAGAAAAUGGACACAAGAAUGGCAUUAAAUCGGAGAGCAAUCAUGUACAACCUCCUCCAAAUGAAUCGGCCGCCGAAGGUGGAAAGGAAAAAUCCGUUCUGCAAGCCAAACUCACCAAGUUGGCCAUACAAAUUGGUUAUGCUGGAUCUUCAAUUGCUGCCAUAACUGUGAUUAUAUUAAUCAUACAAUUCUGUGUACAGACAUUUGUGGUCGAAGGCAAACCCUGGAAGAAUUCGUAUGCCAAUCAUUUUGUUAAUCAUUUGAUUAUUGGUGUGACUGUUUUGGUGGUGGCGGUGCCCGAAGGUCUGCCCUUAGCUGUAACCUUGUCUUUGGCUUAUUCGGUUAAGAAAAUGAUGAAAGAUAAUAAUUUGGUGCGCCAUUUAGAUGCCUGUGAGACCAUGGGUAAUGCCACUGCCAUUUGUUCAGAUAAGACUGGUACUUUAACCACCAAUCGCAUGACUGUGGUACAAUCCUAUAUUUGUGAAAAACUAUGCAAAGUUUUGCCAAAAUUCAAUGAUCUGCCAGCAAAAGUAGCUGAAUUGAUAACACAGGGUAUUUCUGUGAAUUCUGCAUAUACCUCGAAUAUUUUGCCUGCCGCCAAACCCGAUGAAUUACCCACCCAAGUGGGCAAUAAAACCGAAUGUGCCUUAUUGGGUUUUGUUCAUGCCUUGGGAGUCAGCUAUCAGAAGAUACGUGAUGAGAUUACGGAGGAUAAAUUUACCCGUGUCUACACUUUCAACUCGGUACGCAAAAGCAUGGGCACUGUUAUACCAAGACCAAAUGGGGGCUAUAGGCUGUUCAGCAAAGGUGCCUCGGAAAUCAUGCUGAAAAAAUGCUCCUAUAUCUUUGGCGACAAUGGUGUCUUGGAGGAGUUCACCGCUGACAUGCAGGAACGUAUGAUACGCGAAGUCAUUGAACCCAUGGCUUGUGAUGGCUUGCGUACCAUAUGUGUGGCUUAUCGUGAUUUUGUCACCUCCAAUGCCGCAGAAAAUGAGGUGCUCAUAGACGGUGAACCCAAUUGGGAUGAUGAGGAGAAUAUGAUGACGAAUCUUACCUGCUUGUGCGUAGUGGGCAUUGAAGAUCCUGUGCGUCCCGAGGUACCCGCUGCCAUACGCAAAUGCCAACGUGCUGGCAUUACUGUGCGCAUGGUCACUGGUGAUAAUAUCAAUACAGCCCGUUCCAUUGCCACCAAAUGUGGAAUUUUGAAGGCCAAUGAUGACUUUUUGAUUUUGGAGGGUAAAGAUUUUAACAGUCGCAUUCGGGACAACAAUGGCAAUGUUCAACAACAUUUGAUUGACAAGGUGUGGCCCAAAUUGCGUGUAUUGGCCCGUUCCUCACCCACAGACAAAUAUAUAUUGGUUAAAGGUAUUAUCGACAGUACAGUUAGUGACAAUCGUGAAGUUGUAGCCGUUACCGGUGAUGGUACAAAUGAUGGUCCUGCUCUAAAGAAAGCUGAUGUUGGCUUUGCCAUGGGCAUAGCCGGCACAGAUGUGGCCAAGGAAGCUUCGGAUAUUAUAUUGACCGAUGACAAUUUCAGCAGUAUUGUAAAGGCUGUGAUGUGGGGUAGAAAUGUUUACGAUUCCAUAGCGAAAUUUUUGCAAUUUCAACUUACUGUCAAUGUGGUGGCUGUGAUUGUGGCCUUUGUGGGAGCAUGUGCAGUGCAGGAUUCGCCAUUGAAGGCUGUACAAAUGUUAUGGGUUAACUUGAUUAUGGACACUCUGGCCUCUUUGGCCUUGGCCACCGAAUUGCCAACACCAGAUUUAUUGCUGCGCAAACCUUAUGGCCGCACAAAGCCUUUGAUUUCAAAGACCAUGAUGAAAAAUAUUUUGGGUCAAUCUAUAUAUAUGUUAGUUGUUACUUUUGUUCUUUUGUUUUUGGGUGCCGAAUGGUUGGAUAUCGAAUCGGGCCAGGAACAGCCUUUGGGCUCAGGACCUGGACAACAUUUCACCAUUAUUUUCAAUGCCUUUGUCAUGAUGACACUGUUCAAUGAAAUAAACGCUAGGAAAAUCCAUGGUCAACGUAAUGUGUUCCAGGGUCUCUUCACCAAUCCCAUUUUCUAUACCAUUUGGAUAUUCACCUUUGUUUCUCAGAUUGUUAUAGUCCAGUAUGGUUCAUUGGCCUUUUCAACACGAGCCUUGUCAUUGGAUCAAUGGCUGUGGUGUGUUUUCUUUGGCGUGGGCACCUUAGUUUGGGGACAGGUUGUCAGCAGCGUGCCGCCUAGAAAAUGAUCCGUUCAAUAAUUGCAAUCUCUGAGAUAACGAAACCUUGCCCACACAAUUUUAGAACAUAACCAAACACUGAAACAGUAUUUAUAAACUAGAGAAUGUCAUAGAGAAAAAAAAAACAACUUGCGAAAAAAAAUCAUUCAUUCACCGUUAUCAUCAUCAAAGAAAAUUGUUCAAAUAAAAUUCAUUUUAUAUUUAUUGAA